AUGGCGUCUGAAAACCAAAGCACAGUUUCUGAGUUCAUCCUCAGUGGCCUCUCUCAGUCAUUUCAGUUGCAGGUCACUUUCUUUUCUCUGUUUCUAGUCUUGUACUUGAUAACUUUGUUAGGGAACUCUCUCAUUAUUACUGUGGUCAAUGCAGACAAACACUUCUGUUCCCCAAUGUAUUUCUUCCUCAGCAACUUGUCAUUUUUGGACUUGUGUUACUCCACUGUCACCAUUCCUAAGAUGCUUAGCCAUGUCUUUUUGGAAUAUAAGACCAUCACUUUUAAUCAAUGCAUUUCUCAACUAUUUUUUCUGCAUUUAUUUGGUGGCACAGAGUGCUUCUUAUUGACUAUAAUGGCCUAUGAUCGUUACGUGGCGAUUUGCAACCCACUAAUGUAUCACAUUGUAAUGCAUCAAAGGUUCUGCUUCUGGCUGAUGGUAUCUGUCUGGCUAGCUGGCUUCCUGCACUCUUUCACACAAGCAUUUCUGACCUACCAGUUACCUUUCUGCGGUCCUAACAGAAUAAACCACUACUUUUGUGAUGUACACCCACUCUCUGUGCUGGCCUGUUCUGACACAUAUUUCAUUGAUAUCUUUAUUGUAGCUAAUAGUGGAAUGAUCUCUCUCAGUUGCUUUGUAGUUCUCCUGUUCUCCUACAUUGGAAUUAUUGCAACCAUUUUAAAAAUGCCCUCAGCUGAUGGGAGGAGUAAAGCUUUCUCUACAUGUGCUUCCCAUGUCCUAGUUGUCACAUUCUUUUUUGGACCGUGUGUUUUUAUAUACUUAAGACCGCCUGUCAAUUAUCCAGCAGAUAAGGUGGUAUCUGUGCUCUACACAGUACUGACUCCUCUAAUGAACCCCAUUAUUUACACGUUAAGAAACCAAGAUAUGAAAAAAGCAUUAAAAAAACUUCUACGAGGGAAGAUGACCUUCAAAGGUCUAUCCAACAUAGAUAUUAAUGACUAA